AUGACUGCAAAACCGAACUUCCUCUUCGUUCUCUCGUCUCAGGCAAUUUUGCCAAGUCGAGGGACUCCUACUGGAUGGUAUCUUCCUGAGCUUGUUCAUCCUUACAAAAAGCUUGCGCCGCAUUUCAACAUUGUGGUGGCCUCUCCUAACGGGGGUGAGGCUCCACUUGAUCCCUAUUCCAUUGAAGCCACCAAAGACGACGUUGAUUGCCAGGACUUUUUGAAAGAAUAUUCGGCCGUCUGGAAGACAACGAAGAAGCUGUCUUCAUUCCUUGGCAAAUCAUCAGAGUUCGCCGGUAUUUUUUAUGUUGGCGGUCAUGGCCCCAUGUUUGAUCUCGCAACCAACGAGAUCUCUCAAUCACUGAUCCGAGAAUUCUACGAGUCUUCCAAAGUUGUCUCGGCAGUUUGCCAUGGUCCGGCUGCCCUUGUCAAUGUGAAAUUGACGGAUGGCACAUACCUUGUUUCGAAUCAAGUAGUCACUGGUCUUUCCAAUGAUGAGGAAGAAUUCAUGCAAUUCACCAAAGACAUGCCAUUCUUGUUGGAAUCGGAGCUGCGAAGCCGUGGGGCAACCUAUGAGAGCGCCGAUGGCUUAUUUGGUGCCAAGGUGGUCAUCAGUGGAAAUGAAGGAAAUUUGGUCACUGGACAAAACCCCUCAAGUGCGGCGAUUAUUGGCGAAACAUUGCUGAAGAUCGUGGCGUAA